CUCAAAUUUACACAGAGUGUACGGAGUACUAAUGCGCACAGCUAGUUUCCCCGUAACUGCCGAUGAAAGAUAUACCUUCUGUGCUGUGUGGGUUCCGCUCGCGUGUGUUUGGCCCGUCAGUGAUCCUCAAUUCGCCUUGAAAGCACAAUGAUUUGGCCGGCAGAACUGAUUCCUGCUGUCCGAUGUCCGCAAUGGCUUGCCCGAUGAACUUCAAUACCCACCAACGCCAAACAACCUCCACCAUGGGCGUCGGUCGUGAAGCCAUCAUCUUCUUCGUCAUCCUCGGUUGCGUUGCAUUCACCAUCACGGGCUACUCAAUCCACUACCUCAUGACCAACGGGUUCUAUGGCACUGAGAGAAACCUGGAUCCUCCCCCGGAGCAAAGAGUGUACAUGCGGCAGCUACGACUUCGGGAUCUGCACUGGAUGGCACGAGACCAUGGCCUGAAAUAUGAGCUUCCGGUUCCUCCGGUGUGAAGUGUGCUUCUAUAUGUUGGGUUGUACAGUGGACAUGCGGCUUGGCUUACUUUAUGUGGGAACGAUAAUGGCGUUUGGGUUGGGAUUGCAUUGUUGGGAUGUUUGUUGGGAUAGGUUGAGGGUGUUUGUUAUACAUGGUAGAUUGAUAUAUGCAUUGGUCUGAGUUUUAUUAGAAUGAGACAGAAAUCACUAGUUGGUUUCCAUCCGAAC